AUAAAAGCCUACAGAUCGAGCAUUAUCGUCAGAAACUCCUGGUAGCUCUUGGACAGGGGUUAGGUCUAUUGAUCAGCUAGGAGUCGCUCAGCACGUGUUUAGAAUACAUCUUCAAUCUCUCUUUGCUUCAAAGUAUCAGUUUACCAUACCGAAAAUACUUUAUACAAAUAAAGUCUCUUUAAAGCUAUUCCUUUGGAUUCGAUCACUUCCCUUGAAGAACUCUGCAUCCUCCGCCUCCACCUCUUCCUCGUCCUCUUCCCGCCUGGCCCGGCUGUCCUGCCGUCGGGGCCAGUGAGCCAUGGGUCUGCUCACGGCGGCGGAGUCUCCCCCCCGGGAGCCUCGCGCGCUGCGGCGGUGGCGGCGGACGGCGGGGAGCUGGGUGUGGAUCACCCUGGUCUCCGUCCUCGCCAGUUUAUCUGUGGAGCAGCUGUGCGCAUUCCCGUCCUCCCUGAGCGACUGCCAGACGCCCACCGGCUGGAACUGUUCCGGUUUCGUUGAUCAGGACACAGACCUUAUAUUUUGCGACAGAAACACGUGCAAGUUCGACGGAGAGUGCCUCCGCAUCAGCGACAUCGUCAUGUGUAUCUGUGAUUUCAAGUGUAAUAAUGACUAUGUGCCGGUGUGUGGCUCCAACAAUCAGAACUACCAAAACAAGUGCUUCCUACGCCGCGACGCCUGCAAGAUGCAGUCAGAGGUUCUCGUGACGUCAGACGGUGCCUGCCCAGCCGUCGCCCCAUCAGUCCCGGGCAGUCUGGUCCCUGGAGCAACCGGCCCUGGAGCAGCUGCCCCUGAAUCAGCUGCCCCUGGCAAAGUGGCCCUCGGUUGAUUGCUCUCGGUGUCUCCUGUCAUGUCCCUUUCAUCGCUCUUGAAAUCCACCUCAAUUUCUCCCUCAAUCUCUGUAAUAAUUACAAGGUAAUGUUGCUGUUUUAUGUAUUUUGACUUUGCAUUUGCAACUACUGUCAUCUCCAAUGUAAGAAAAUUAAUUAAAGCAAAUCAUUUCUGUAAUGUGAAUUAAAUCAUCUGCCACAAUCAGAAACCAAUAAAAUGUAUAAAUGGAUCUACCGGCAAUUGUUAAUUGGGUAGAAUGUGUCGAUUAUCUACAUUGUGUGCAAAUCCUCAGUGAAUCCCUGAUCUCUGGUUGUUUUUUAAACUGAAUGUACAAAUCUGAAUUAUGUAAUCUCAUUAGGAGUGUAGUCUAUCCUUGAAUUACAUGAAAUGGGGAAUAUUGUUAGCUGCAUGGAUCAUACCGAAGUUUAAUUUGAUGAAAUAUGUGUGGUCCGUUGCACUUGGUUCUGGAGGCACCCUCACAGAAGGGGGUUUCCUCCUCUUCGGCUUAGGGCGAUGAAUGAAAACUGUUGGGACUGCAUCGUGCCUCAGCUUCAACAUCCCUUCUCUUUUUGUGGCCGUGAAUUGGUCAUCUUCAAAGUGUACCUUUUUAUAGGUAGGCUUGUAAGAUCAGUUUCCAUUGCACUUAAAAUAUCAUUGAAAAGUCAUAAUUCUCUACACUUAGAAUUAUUAUGCCCUUUGAAAUGCUAUCAAGUGAUGUGAACAUUAAUUACAUCACAUCGUUUUUGACGGUUGCUGACUAGGGCUGGGUAUCACGGCCAAGUUCCUGAAUCGAUUCGAUUUCGAUUCUGAAGGCUUUAAAUCGAUUAAUCACGAUUCGAUUUGAUUCGAUUCAAUCCGAAUCGGUUCCAUCUGCUCCUAGAUUGAAUGAUAAUUUUCUUAAGUUGUAAGGAAAUAUUCUUUAUAGGCUAUCAUCAUUAAUUCAUCACUAAAAUCAUUAAUUGUGACUAAAAUCUUGUAGUUGUGACUGUUAAUUAACAUCCUUAGCAAGAUUUUUACAUUCUAUUCUAUUCUAUAUUUUGUAGGCUACAUUAAUGACAAUCCAGGCAACUAUAAACAAAACUGCCUCCAUCUUCCUAAAAUAUAUAAAUAUAACCAUUGUAAACAUUAUACCAUUUAAGAUAAAAUAUUCAAGUAUUAUAAAACUCCUUAAAUUCAUAUUUUUUCAACAUAUUUACUAAAAAAAAAAAAAAGAAAAAAAAAAAUCGAUCUCAUGCCCUGUGAAU